AAAUCUCCACCUGUGAUUUAAGCACACACUAACUGUGAAUUAGUUUAUUUAACAAUCUGUGAACGGACUGUGCCUGUGUUCACCGGCAUGGAGGAAUUGAAGUACAGGGGCAACAAGAGGGAGGGAAGACACAGGGACACAUGGGAUCCCUUUCAACUGAAUCCCAUCGGUGCUGAAAAGGAACAGAAGAGAAGAUGUUUUCAAUUGGCACAACAUCUAGUGGCAAUCAUUGUUGGCCUUUUGGUCCUGACAACAGCAGUCCUCAGCAAGGGCUCUCUGCUGAUUCUGAGCACACUGUCAAGUCCAUUUGCAAUUGGAUCUCCCCAAGAAAAACAGUACUACAUGAUCCUAAUGAUGUUCUGCCUCAUAGUACCAAACUUUCUCGUCUUCCUGAAGUCACUCUGGAAAUGUGUUUUCAAGAGUUCGAGCACCCCAAAGGGGAAGACACUGGGCAUUAUGUGUCUGAUAGAGAGCCUGGUGGCCUUUGGGACUGCAAUCCUUGUGCUGAUCGUGAUGCCCUAUUUUGACAUCCUCACCACUCUCUUCAUCUCUGGUGGUAUUGGCUUUGUGUCCUCCAUACUGCAGAUCGUGUUUCGCCUCCAGAAAAAGAGCUGGAAACUCAUCUUCCCCGUUUGCUCCCUGCUCCUCACCAUGACUGGCUACGCACUGGUCUGCAUGGACUACUAUGUACGUGUCACCUCAAAGAUGCCAGUCGUUGCGCCAGAAUGCUAUGUGUACGUCGCCGUUGGCAUAUUCGCGUCUCUCCUGGUGUCACUGAACUGGUGGGAGAAUCCACUUCAAGCCAGCAACAUCAUCCAAGAUACGCUCACUGAGUUAGACAGCUUCAGAGACUUUGUGAUGAUCAUCUCCAGCCUGUUGAAGAUGUUAGUCACCGUGGGAGUGUGGGCUGUGUACUACUGUUUUUUAGCACCGGUAGAUAGGAUUGUGUGGGAUGACUUUGCUAACCUCCCUGGCCAGAUGAGAGACCAGGGCCUCAGUCUUUUUGCCCUGCAGGCCAUUUGCUCAGCUCUCUGCCACUGGUUCGGAGUGGUGGCGUGUAAAAUCCACGCCGUGAGAAUGAGCUUCGCUUUCCCCGUUGUCCUCACCGGGCCGGCCACCCUCUUGCUCGGCCUCAUCCUCUUCUUUGCCAAAGCAGGCACAAUAACACUGUACGACCCCGAGGUGAAUGGGUUCGAAGGAUUUUGCAACAGCCUACCAGAAAUGCUGGCCAAAAAUCAAAACAGUACGGAUGUAAUGAUAGAAGUGUCUAGGAGCAUUUGCCGGACUUCCCUUAAUAACCCAUAUAAAUCAUGGCCAUUUGCCAUGCUUGCUCUGGAAGGGGUGUGCAUGUGGCUUGGACUGGUCACCGCAACACAUUAUGUAUGGAAAAUCAAGGUCCAGAGGAUUGAAAGAACCGCACAGUUAUUUGUCCGUCGCCUCUACGAAUCUGCAUUCAUUGACCAGUCUAUGCUGCUCAACACCAAAAUGAAAGUUGUUAAAUUAAGUGCCACGGAAAGUAAGAAGGAAGACAACAUUGAGAACUGCGUGAUUUACCUUUGUGCAACCAUGUGGCAUGAAACCUAUGAUGAAAUGCUCAAAAUUCUCACAUCAAUGUUCAGGUUGGACAGAUACAGAGGUGAUCCAAAGGAGGAACAUAAUGACUGCUUUGACUUUGAGUGCCACACAUAUGUUGAUGACGCCUUUAUGACAGAAGAUGGCAAAAGAUUGGUCAACAGCUAUGUAAAUGAUCUCAUCCAUGUUGUCAUGGAAGUGUACAGGGUAUUUACAAAUAAAGAACCAGAUGAAGUGUCAAUUGUCGAAACUCCCUAUGGUGGGCGACUGGUUUUUGUCAUGCCAGAGGGAAAUAUGUUGUAUGUGCAUCUGAAAGAUAAACAACGGAUCCGCAACAAAAAAAGAUGGUCACAGAUAAUGUAUCUUUACUAUCUCCUUGGAUGGAAGGGCUACAACGCAAAAAAUCCUCCGAAGAUAACAAGGCAGAAUAAUAUCUGCCGUGCCAGUCUCAUCUCGUUAGAUGGGGAAAGCUUCCACCUGCCAAAUAUUGACAAUGACAGUAAAAGAAGAUACAUCUCUGAUGACAACACAUUCAUCUUGGCACUGGAUGGAGAUACUGACUUCCAACCUGCAGCUGUGAUCUUGCUGGUUGACCGUCUCCGAAUGUAUGACUGUGUCGGUGCUGCCUGUGGGCGAAUUCAUCCAACUGGAAUGGGUCCAAUGGUGUGGUAUCAGAAGUUUGAAUAUGCAGUGGGUCAUUGGUUGCAGAAGACUGCUGAACACGUCUUUGGAUCUGUCCUUUGUAGUCCUGGGUGUUUCAGUUUAUUCAGGGGUUCUGCACUGAUGGAUGACAAUGUUCUGAAAAGAUACACCACCAAAGCAACCAGAGCUUCAGAGUAUGUUCAAUAUGACCAAGGUGAGGACCGCUGGCUGUGCACACUACUGCUGCAGCAGGGCUGGCGUGUGGAGUACAACGCUGCGUCGGACGCCUACACCAACUCCCCAGAGGAGUUCAAGGAGUUCUACAACCAGAGACGUCGCUGGGGGCCCUCCACCCUGGCCAACACCCUGGACCUGCUCCAUAGUGGAGGGGAAACAGUAAAGAGGAACACCUCCAUCUCGAUGAUCUACAUCUUCUACCAGAUUUUCACAGUGGGAUCCUCCAUCCUUGGGCCAGCCUCUGUCACUUUGAUGGUAGCAGGUGCUUUCCAGUUUGUGUUUAAGAUCGCAGGCACAACUUCUAUCAUCAUAGCAUCUGUACCCCCUGUCAUCUACCUUAUAAUUUGCUUCGUGGCCAAGACAAACUUCCAGAUUACAAUUGCAGCGAUUCUAAGUGUUCUGUAUGCCUUCCUGAUGACAGCUUCAUUCUUCUCCAUCAUUGGUGAUAUGGUGACACAGGGAACGUUCAUCACCCCCACUGGGCUUUUCUUGGUGUCCAUGACCAUCAUGUAUCUGGUCACGGCAUUGCUCCACCCUCAGGAGUUUAGCAUGAUCAUCUACGGGCUCAUGUACUUCAUCUGCAUUCCCAGUGGCUACCUGCUGCUCACCAUCUACUCCCUGGUGAACAUGCAUAAUGUGUCCUGGGGCACCCGCGAGACCAACAAAGCCAAGGAGACAGAGAAACGGGUGGGCAUCCUGUGCGACCGCACCUGCAAGAUGUGCUGCUGGGACAUGAAGUGCCAGGUGACUCAGGAGACAGAGAGCCUACUCCUCCAGCAGAUCCAGCAUGCCGUCAACACUGGCCAAGGCACUCAGGCUGCCGGAGUGGUGGCCAUUCCGGCUCGUGAUGCGAUCGACGGAGCGACCGUGCCACCAAACAACACAGCUCGGGAUGAAGUAGAGCUAAUGAUGAUGAGCAAUAGGCCAACAGUAAAGGUAACUGGAGGAGACCAUGUAGACCAGCCUGACCCUGAUUCAGCAUUUGAAAAAAGUGAGAGUACAAGUGGCAGUGCAAGGAAAACGGAUGAUGAUGAUGAUGAUGAUGACGAUGAUGAUGAUGAUGAAGAUUAUAAUUAUGAAGAUGAAGACAAUGAUGAUCCUAUUUUGAAUGACCAAGAUGAUUUUGCGCCUGAUUUAGCGCCUGAAAGUGACUGGGUUGGCCCUGUGAAGACAGAGUUCUUGAAGAAGCUGACCUAUGCCAACCUGAAAAGGAACUUGCAGGAGCAGAUACGCUACACGCUGCGGAACAAGAAGCAGGACGACGUGUGCGAGGACCUGGUGAUGAACCUCACCGAUGUGGUGAACACCGAACUGAACAGCAAAGUGGGCCCAGAGGAUGUGCUCACAGAGAGUCAGCUGGAGGAGCUGCAGUACGCCCUGAACGAGGCGGCCCGCAGAAUCCUCAAGACCAGCCGUAUGGAAAGGCUGGACAGAAGGGUGAAACGAGCCAUUGAAAAAACUCUUCUUGCACCUCAGGUUGUGCAACUGGCUGAGGAUGAGAAGGAUUUCUGGGACAAACUGCUUGAGAGGUAUCUGGCCCCCAUUGUUGAUGACAAAGCUCAUCAGGAUGAAGUGAUUCGAGAAUUGAAGUCUCUGCGUAACAAGGCUGUGUUUUUGUACUUCAUGCUGAACCUUUUGUGGGUAGUCGCAACCUUCUUCUUGCAAGCCAUCGGCACUGACGUCAUCAGCAUAAAGAUCCCAAAGAUUGAUCCCGUUAACGGCACACCGACGGGAGAAUACAUGUCUGUUGAGCCUCUCAGUCUGAUGUUUCUGCUGUCCUUUGCAGUUCUUCUACUUGUUCAAUUCCUUGCCAUGCUUUAUCACCGAGUGUACACGCUUAUCCAUAUGGUGUCCUACAGAAGCACUGAGAAAGAUUACAAAGAGAAAGACGAUGAGGAUGAUGAAGAGGAGCUAAUUCUGGAAAACCAGAUGGCAAAUGGUCUUACAUUCUCCAGUGAUGACUUGUGAGGUUUUGCACAAAGACUGCUUAGUUUACACAAAUGCUAAAACUUGAAAACAAAUUUAACAAAUUUGAAAAUUUUUAUUUGAUAUAUUGCACCUUAACUGAGUGAAAUUAAACUCUGUCAGUGUAUUCCUUA